AUGCAACCAGUUGACGCCGAACGCGCGCGAGAGCUGUCGCUAUUCCGCCCACUAGGUUAUCAAAGAAACUCGUGUGGUUACUGCAAGUCCGACAAUGGAAGUGCAUCGUACUACACCAGUUCCACGUCCGUACGCCCGCACCACUAUGAGGAAUUGAUCAAUGGCGGCUGGAGAAGAUCGGGGUCUCUCUACUACAAACAGAACCUGCAGCGAUCAUGUUGUCCCCAUUACACGCUGAGGCUGGAGGCUUCCGAAUAUCGGCCCCGCCGCGAUCAGCGCAAGGCAAUCAACCGAUGGAACAAAUUCAUCCUGGGCCCGGAGUAUAUGCGCAAGGCGGCCCGGCUCUGCCCGCGCACUCGCGAGGAGAAAAAGCACCGCAAAUGCAACUUCGAUGUGGUGACUGCGGUCCACGAGUCGGAGUACGGCAACGUCAAGCGGCCUAUUGAUCCUGCUACCAAGCGACCACUGGAACCCGCCCAUCGCUUUGAAGUCAACGUCGAAGGUGACUCUGUGUCUCAGGCUAAGUUUGAGCUGUUCCGCAAGUACCAGACGGCCAUCCAUAAAGAGGAUGUAUCGCACUGGAAGCCGAAGGACUUUCAGCGUUUCCUCUGCUCGGGUCUCCAGCGAUCGCCUACCUCACGCAACAGCUCUGAUAAGAAGAUCGGCUCUUGGCACCAGUGCUAUCGCCUCGAUGGCGAGCUAGUCGCAGUCGCAGUCCUAGACUUGGUACCAAGUGGCGUCAGCUCUGUCUACGUCUUCUACGACCCAGCGUACGAGCAAUGGGAAUUCGGUAAGCUGAGCGCAAUGCGCGAAAUUGCCUUCUCACUCGAGAACGAUUAUCGCUACUACUACAUGGGGUACUACAUUCAUUCCUGUCAGAAGAUGCGUUACAAGGCCAACUUCCGUCCCCAGUAUAUCCUCGACCCUGAAAGUAAUACCUGGGAUCCGCUUGAUGGCGAGUUAACUGAGAAGCUCAAUUCUCGUUCUUAUGUUUCCAUGUCGAGGGAUCGAGCUGGGAUCCCGGCGCCUGCGGCUGAGCCGUUUGAGGAUGAAGAGCAGAUGACGCUCUUUGAUGUUCAUAUGCCUGGUGUUAUGACCGCGCCGGAAGUUGAAGCUAUGGAUUUGGGUAAAUGGUUGUUGGUUGUUAAGCAGCACUAUGUCCACAUGGAGGAUCUCGUCGACUGGGAAAAAUCAACCAUCACUUCGCCUAUGUCUAUCAAGGGCAUGGUCGCUGAAUUGGCUGCAGCACUGGGACCUAACAUUGUGAAGAACAGUGCAGUGGACUUGUUCAGUUGA